AUGAAGAGGAUCCCGACGCCCAAGGGUGACGAGCCAACUCUGAUAAUCGACGUCAGUCCUUGGCACAGGGUACCGCUCGUUUUCAUCAACUUGUUCCUCUUCUCCUUCAGCUGCAUGGUCGCCUUCAUAUGCGUGACGUCCAUAUAUGAUCGGCGCGACGAGAUCUCGUUCGCGAAUCGGUCGCUGCUCAUCAGUUUCGUGGUGAACUUGGAAGUCUCGGUGCUGUUCAUCUCCGGUCUCGUGCUUGUCAUCAGCUUCAUGGGGUUCGUGGGCGCUCUGCGCGAGAACAUACGCUUCCUGGCCUGGUACAUCAAGGGCAUCUGUCUGCUCACGGUCAUCACUGUGAUUUUCAUCUUUGGUGCCUUGAUCAUGCCCUUCCUCAGCAAAAACAGUGCCCAGAGCUUGUUCAGUAUCGACCUCAUAGUGAGCUACCGGGACAACCCAGACUACGCACGACUCGUCGAUUACGCUCAGGCAUCGUUCAGCUGCUGCGGCAUCACAACCGAACGAUACCACGACUGGGGCCACAACAUCUACUUCAACUGCUCGCCGUCGAACCCGAGCACGGAGCGUUGUUCGGUCCCCGCCUCCUGCUGUCGUCCACUGGAAGGCGAGAACCCUGACCUGGAGACGCGACUUAAGCGCCGCUUCUGUGGUUCCGGAGUGCUCGCCAUGACUGAACAGGAAGCCUGGCAAACGAUCUACACGCGCAGUUGCGUGGACGCCUGCGUGGCAUUCAUGCGCGCCAACUCACUGAUCACCAUCGGCGUCGGCUUCGUCGCUUUCUCGGUGCUCAACGUGCUGCGCGGCAUGGCGAACACCGUGCACGACGAGGUGGUCUCGUUGACGCGACUCUACGACAAAUACUACCGCCGUGUGGCGCAGGGCGCGCGCAAGUCCCUAGCGCAGAGGGAGGCGAUGGAACAAGUGCGCGCCGCCAGAGACCAUCUCAUCAAGCGACACGCGAAACCCGGGCGCAAGUAUUCUGUCAGCCGGAUGACGCGGAAGGCAAGCUGGCGUCCACCUCCGGCUUACGACCACAUGUUUGGCCGUCGAGACUCGCGGUACUUCGGGGCUCCUCCACGGCCUAAGCCCAGUGCUUAAGCGGGCUCUUGCUCAA